GGAAGAUUCAAUCGCCCAACUACUCUCCAGCUGUGACAUUGAAGUCAUCAUAAGUGGUGACAAGACCUUUUCACGCUCAACCAGCUUCCCUGUGCAUAAUCCGCGGAACAAACCAUCUGGUACAAAAGAGAGGUGAGACGACCAAAUUCGGAUGGUUCCGAAACGGCUUCAAUGGGCAACGUAGCCCAUCGUGAAACGGAUGCCAAGUGCCACUGGCUGAGUGGGAGCCGCCACACCCGUGGACGCUCCUGACCAGAUGUCAAUAGUCACAGGAUAAAAGGGUACCGGGCGCCGGAUCGACCGCUGAUCUACAGCGAGGCCAGUCUUUUAACAACACAACAAGCUAUGUGAAAAGCUCACCCAUAGCAUGAAGUCAGCAGUUGAGACCCAGCCCUUCCUGGCGUUCUCGGACGACCCGGGCGCCCGAGAAGGCGCGACUACCAGUGACGACAGCCUCCCACUCCACCGCGAGGCGCUGGUCAAGGCCUCCGCCACCCGCAGUGUCAUUCGGGACAUUGCAGUAUGUCUCUUGACCUCCCUAGUCUGGGCGCUGGUUAUCUGGGUGUUCAUACCCGGCCCGGCCCCUGCAUCAUCGUCGCCGCCGUCGCCCUUCUCGAGCCCGACUGGCGACGAUGCACCUGGUCAGAUGAUACCGAGCCAGGGCAGUAGCAUCAUCAGCGGGGAGGACAUGGCUCGCUAUCAUAAUAUCACAUCAGGUGCCAGGUAUAUUUCUUGUGGGAAUUCGACGGAGGAGGCGCGGUCAAAGGGAUGCACGUACGAUACAUUGCUGAAUGCUUGGGUCCCGGCUCAGUGCUUGGACCAGGAGUGGAUUGAUGAAUAUCAAGACGACGCGAGCUGGACUGCCUUUUCCGACGUGAACCUGACCGAGCCGCUACGACCCGAUAUGAUGGGCGAGCGGGAUCACUAUUACACAUCCAUUCGAGACCACAUCAACCACUGCGCAAUGCUAUGGAGAAAGCAAUUCUGGACGCUCUUCGAGGGCCGGCGCGUGUUCGACGCCGUCAUCGCCAAUUCAUACCAUACCGAGCACUGCGCGUCGUUCCUGUCGGAGCUGUUCGGGUCGAACCGAACCGAGCCGACACUCGUGCGGGUGGGCUUCUCGGGCUGCUGGGUCAGGGAAGACGGUGACGAGUUGUGA